AUGUCGGUGCUGCAUGGACCGUUCGGGAGCCGGCGUGAACUUCGGGAUCAUCUUCGGGUGACCCACCUCGUCAGCGUCAAGUCGACCCUGGACGAAUGGGCCGGUCUCAGCGAGGACGAAGACAUCAACGGGGCUCGUCAGAUGCUCCUCGAUAAUGUUCGGGGAGAGAGCCGUUCUGCUAGUAUGCAGGAGGAGGAGGAGGCAGACAUAACGGCUGGUCCAUUGUCGGGAAUUUUGUCACCCUCUCCUGUCGCUGCCACAGUUGACAAUAAUUCCAAAGGAGACAGUGUCAACGACGUCGACGACGACAAUCAGCAACAGCCGCCGCCGCCGCCACAGCCGCGUCAACUCUGGCAUCCGUGGCAGCAGCAGCAGCAAAAGACACCGACACCCCCACAGCCAUCACCACCCCCCCCCCCCCCAGCGACGCGAUUCGUUUGUCCGGACUGUGGUCGAGCCUUUGCCAGAAGAUUUUGUCUUAGGAGACAUAUGGAGGCCAACUGUCCGGCAAUGAGAUCCUUCAAGAGAUUUCGGUGCCCUGAGUGCGGCCGCCAGUUCAAAACUGAGUACAGCAUGAACAGACAUUUGCGGUUUCACUGCAGGUCGAAGAGGGCGACAAAAUGGGGCACCGAGAAUUCUCCUCCACCACCCCCGCCGCCACCACCGACACCGCCUCCACCAACUGCGGGACCAUCCAAUCAAUACAGAGGCGGUGGCAGCCGAAGAGAUUGA